AAUAUGCAAAAUAAAAUUGGAAACCUCACAUACUGCAACCAUGAAAAUAAGACUUUGGAAAGUAAAAGUAAAAAUAGCUCUUUUUGUGUUAUUCUGCUGGCGUGUCUGUCCAGCGGCGCGUGGGCUAUUGAUAUGCACGUCCCCUGUCAGGGGGACACUUGUUUUCUCAUGCACACACGUGCCCACGGAAGUCUAAGUGUCAGUGAGUGUGUGCCAUCAGUCCUUUUGAUCUGAGGCUGCCCUGAAUGUCUUCAACCAAUUCAGUGCAGAUCAUAUGUUAGCUACUACAGUUAGGCCUAACUGCAUACACGUAAUAAUAAGAAAAAAGUAUUUCUAAUAAAUAGCCUAUGUAGCCUGUACAAUUCAUAUGCGAUCAUUGUUUGCCUCGAUCUAAUCCAUUUGAACUUUUGUCUGUCUUUAAUAUUACAUGGAUACAACAGGCUAUCUGACCUUUAAAAUUACAGUGACUUUUAAUAUUGUAGCCUUUAGUCUAUCUUUUUAGUGUUUUGCUCUUACCAGGGAACAAACCUCAAUGAUUGGUCGUUGACAUGGAGUGGGCGUGGCUUGUCACCAAGCGCCUGAAAGCCUAUAAGUACGUGCUCUCAGCUUCAGAGCUGCAUCUGACAUUUGACUGCGCGCCUCGAAUAGAGAUCUUCUCCAGCAUACCGAAUAGAAGAGAACUCGGAUCUUUACAGGAUUAUAUCAUCACUGAUAUAAACUAUUGUUUGGAGUACACGUGUUAUGAAAAUCCUCGGAGAGACUGAGACCAUUAAAAUGGACAGAAAGCUGUUGAAACCUCAGGUAGAAAGACGAAGAAGAGAAAGGAUGAAUCGGAGUCUGGAGAACCUGAGAACUCUACUUCUGCAAGGCCCUGAGCACAAUAGUCCCAGUCACAGGAGAAUAGAGAAAGCAGAGAUCCUGGAAUACACUGUCCUGUUUUUGCAAAACUCUGUCGCUCAGGCCAAGAAAGCAAAAGAUGUGGAAGGAGCAGAAAAGCACCAGUUUAUGGAUGGCUUUUCGUCGUGUCUUCAGAAAGCAGCCUGUUUCCUGUCAGAUGAAGGUAAGGCCCGUGGACUGGAAGGUUCAGUAACCGCUACACUGUGUCAGCGUCUGACCCGGCCCUGUGUGUCGAGCACCAUCCGACUGCCUCUCAGAGUCCAGAACUGGUCCAGAAAGCAGUUUUCACAUUCAAAUGCACAGCAUCAUCUGCGGCAGAACUCUGUCUGCAAACAAGGACUUCCAUCAGCUUGCAGCAACGUUGUGCCACAUCCAAACAGGACUGCAUUCGGAAGCACAGACUCCAACACACUUCAUUCGGCAGCCAGACCAACCUCUCAACACCCGACACCCGUCAGCCAGACGGUCUGGAGGCCUUGGCCUUGAGAGAAAUUAAAGACAUUUGCAGAGACUCAAAAUACUGGGCUUGUGUAAUAAUUAGACAUGCUUCAUCUCAUGCAGAGGGACAUGUUUAUUAAAAAAAAAAAGUAGAAAAAAAAGUUGUUUAAUGAUUAUAUCAUCUGGCAACACAUUGGAAAUGUAAAAUGUGUAAAUAGUGUAUGAUAAAUUAUGCAAUAUAUUUUUUACACAGAUUUUCUUUUCCCUUUUCUUUCUUUGCAUGAUCUGUACUAGGUGUAUGAUCAUUUGUAAUACAUAGCUGAUGUAUGUAUUUAUCUAUUUUGCACAUUAAUUUAUUCAUGACAUUCCCUUUUUUAUAGCUGUAUAUUUGGGGGACUGAAACAAAUACAUUUCACCAUUAAAAUUUUAAAAUGAAAUAUGCUUAUGUGUUUUAGUAUUUUUAUUAUUGUUUUUAAGUACAUAUUAAUCGUUGAUUUCAUGAAGAUUUAGGAUCUGAGAUUUAAGAUCGCUUUCAGCACGCGCCGAACAUUUACAGUCGACUUUGAUCCUCAAACCCUUUGAAAUGCUCGCGACCAAAUGUGACGCGCAAGCGUCUGUCUUUGAGGUGCUGAAUGGCCGGCACACUUCCACACGACUUCUGUUCUGACACUUCUGGCUUCCUCUGUUCAUGCUAAUAAAUAAACAGUGCGAAAAGGCGCCACGUGCCCUGGCACCUUUGGAGACAUCCGCCUAAACAAAGGUAUUGACGUCAUAAAGAGCGAGUUUUCACUCUGUGUGCUAUUAUGUCUCAAAUCACAGUGUUUCCAAUUGACUUAAUCAUAU